AUGACCGACCCCCGCCGAGCGUCAGCUGCUGCUGCUGCGCCAUCCCCGAGCAUCCCGCCAGCGCCACCCUUGCCACCCAAGGCCCGACGUUCGUACUUUGAGCGCUUUGUCGCCCAGCCGUUGACGACGGCCUAUGCAGCGCGCCCGCCCAGCCUGCAAACAAGUCGUCCCGAUGGCGGGCCCCCGAAUCCGCUAGUGCCAAAGCUCCCCGGCAUCCGCACUGGCUCGUCGCAGGAUGCAAGCCAUAAAACAGGCCUCGAAAUCUCGGCCCUCGACAUCAACCGCGAGCGCACCCACGCCGUGCUUGCUGGCAGGGAGAUUCUCAAGACCGUACGUGUGCAAGACGCCAAGAUUGUCGACGAGACCAAUCUGCGAGCCGCUGCCCUCAGCUAUGCCGACUCACAUGCGAGGCAGCGUGAAGGCCUGGGCAUCCACGACGUCAAGUGGUCCCACGGCCAAUUCAGCUCGCACAUUGCGACUGCCGCAGCCAACGGCAAGGUCAUCCUGUACGACCUGAAUCGCGCCAGCGUAGAACUUACUAGGCUACAUGAGCACAGCCGUCAGGUACACAAGCUCGCAUUUAACCCCCACCAAGGCCACUUGCUCCUGUCUGCAAGCCAUGAUGCUACCGUUCGCCUGUGGGACCUGCGUGACAUGCGAAGAGAUGUCUCGACGUGUCGUAGCAGAGAUCAGUAUCCUGGCAUCAACGGGGGCAUACGCGAUGUCCUGUGGUCGCCCACUGACGCUGUAGAGUUCGCGUUUGGUACUGACAAUGGAACUAUACAGCGCUGGGAUUUCCGCAACAACAAGAGCCCCAAGCAGAAGAUUACUGCCCACGAGAGAACAUGCACCUCUAUCGACUGGCAUCCAGAUGGGAAGCAUCUCCUCAGCAGUGGCGUGGACCGGACAGUCAAGGUCUGGGACUUCUCCAUCGACGGUCGCCGUCAGAAAGCUGUCUGGGUUUUGACUACACCCUACCCCGUGCACAAAGCGAGAUGGAGACCGCCGUAUUGGUCGGAUGAGUCCUACGAAGAGGGUGUGUACCAAUGCACCCAGCUGGCUACCUCGUACGAUCGCGACCACUCCGUGAUCCAUAUAUGGGAUUUCAGGCGGCCAUAUCUACCUUUUCGGGAGAUCAACAAGUUCAAAACUGCACCCUCAGAUAUGCUCUGGCACUCACGCGACACACUCUGGACUGUUGGCAAAGAAGGCAUUUUCCAGCAAAAUGAUGUCCAUCAUGCCCCCAAGACCGUGGAUCGACGCAACCUACAGGCUCUCGCGGUAUCACCAAUUGGAGAAGUCGUUGGUGUUGCGCAGAGAAGACCGCGGCAACGGCGUUCUGCAGCUUCAGCGUAUCCAGAAGAUACGUAUACUGGUGAUCCGCAUGAUAAGCGCAGUAAUACAGAGAAGGGCAGCUUGCAAGGUUCUGCAGAUGACGGGUUGGAUGACAGCUUUCUUACUGCUUCCCUGAAGCAACGCCAUGGUCGUACUGCUAGCAACAGAUCGGUCAAGUCAUUCAGGAGCACUCUUCCGUCAGAUGCGGCUCCCAAAGUUAUGUUCCUGAGCGACUCUAUGACUACCCAAAGCGACUUUCUGAAGCCGAAUCAACUUGCUAUGCGAGGCCCGUUGCCGGGCGGUGUCAACAAUCAAGUUUUUGCCUAUUUGGCUCAAAAAUACAAGGCCAUACCUCUAACUGAUCCUCCAGACAUAGAUUCGUUUCUGUACAUAGAGCGAAUUUUCCAGCAAAACGCUGACUAUGCACGAAGAGCCGCAUUCCACCGGCUUGCACAAACAUGGCAGCUUGUGGGCUCCUCUGUUGCCAGUGCUACAAGGCGGCGUGCAGAGUUGCACCGAGAGCGCAGACGAUUGCGACACAAACCUGCGCCACUAAGCCUGUCAGACGCCAAACAUAAGGUGAUGUUUGGACACUUGGGUACACAAGAUAGGCAAUUGACGACUCCACCAAACCCCGCAGUGCGUGCCAUUCUUAGCACACUUGACAAACCACGGGCAACGUCACCAGCAGGCUUAUCACAAACGAAUAUUGAAAGCACCUCUAAUCUGACCACUCCCCUCGCAAGACCAGUCACAACCUACCAAUCAUCUUUAAAUGAUUCACACAGGCCUGCUCUGCCCGAUCUCGAUCAAGAAGAUAUUAUCCAACUUCCGCCAGCGGCCAAUGCACCGCAGCCCAACGCUCAAAACCGGUUGCUCAAGUCUGAGAUGGCGACUAGAACGCUCUCGCCCACACACCCGGCAUUCAGUGGACCUCACUGGUAUCCAUCUGCAGAUGAUCUCGAUGAACGUCGUGCUAUGGUUGGGAGCUGGCGAGCAUCCCCUCGAAUACCGCUGAAUCUCGGACCAACGAAUGCUCAGGGAGAGAGCUCCAGCUCACCACCGCCAUUGGAACGCCACCACUCAGGAGAGAGUUUUACCAUGUUUUCUGCCUCCUCGGAUUCCCAGCAUGGCAACUCUGUUCCAAGUUCGUUCGCAAGUGGCAAAUCGCAGAGUGCACAGUCCUCCUCCAAGAACUGGCAACGCAGCCCGGAAAAGUCAAGUUUCGGCAAGCCUAGAUUCGCGACAAGUGAUGAUCAGCAACAGGAUCUCGGCAUAAGCAUGCAGGUAUCGCCAAAUACGGUGCCUGUCAGCACUGGACAACCCAGUCGCGAAGCGUCUUCGGGCCUCGGCGUCCAACCAAAUUCUACCCGGAACGGCACGGACCAUCUGGUAGAGUUUAGUAGUGGAGAAAGAGCGGUUCAAGAAAUGGAGUUUCUGCGUCGGAAUAAUCAACUUCUUCGCCACGAUAGCUCCGAAUCAGAGGCAUUCUUCGGCAGUCGAGACGGGAUGUCGAAUUCCUCAAUUGAUUACAGCGCAGAUAUGGAGGCAAGCGGAACGAUUGUGCCCGAUGCUUCAGGAGAUAGUACGAUCCUUGUGGAUGACCCGACAGCAGAAGAUUCACUACUGCUUUCGGAUUUCCAGGCUAUGCACAUUGACGUUGAGGAAGAGUCAGCAUACACUGUAGUUGGGCUACUAAACAAUCUCAUGGCUUUCCACACAACCACGCAGUCAGACGCACAAUUCUCCUCACUCCUGCUCCUCCUUCUGGCACCACUGCUUCCACAAACUCAUGUUCCUUCUGCUGUUUCAGAUAUUGACUCGGGAGAAGUUCUCACCACAUUCGCGGACACCUUCACUUCGCUUGGCUUGACUCCCACGCAAGCGAAAGCCAUACUUUCUACGCAACUCAGUCAACUGAUAGCCACAGGCAUCAACCCAUAUCAAGCAGAGUCUAUUCUUCACACCUAUCAUGCUCAGCUGCACGGUCUCUGUCUUUUCAACUCUGCGGCGACGCUCCGUCGACUUGCGUAUCCCACCUAUCCCGCCGUCUACGAGCAAGCACUCAAAGAUACUCAGCUUGGACUUCUUUGUCUGAGUUGCAAUACUCCUAUUAACAAUCCCAAGGAUAAGAUGCGCUGUGAGUCAUGCAAACGCGCACAAGCUCCAUGUCCCAUUUGCUGGGCCAGAUACCCGGCCUUUGACCUCAUGACUACCAAGAAGAAAGAUAAGGCCCAAUUCCGGUCAAGCUUUAACGAUAGAGAACACAGGCGGAAACGAUCCUCUCUCGUGUCCGACGUCGGCCCCAACUCCGAUGGUAUCGACGAAGAAUGUUCACCUGUCACGCCAACGAACUGGUCCCCGUCGAAAGCCACACUCUGGACCUGGUGUCCACUUUGCGGACACGGGGGUCACUCAAAUUGCCUGUCAACCUGGUUUUCCGACCCCGUGCUCUCUGAAGGCGCAUGUCCCACCGAGGGUUGUCUCUGCGACUGUGUCAACGGGAAGCGACGAGAUGACAAACUCGAAGAAGUGCUGCGCAAAAAAGCAGAAAAGUCCCGCUCAAAACCAGUCCGCAAAGGCGAUGACUGGAAAGUCAACGAAAGCCGAGCCGUAUCCGCCGUCCGCAGCGCCCUCGACAACAACGACGACCAAGCCUCACCGCGCAAAGACGAAGGUAAACGCGUCCGUGUCCUAGCUCCAGAAUCGCAAUUCAGCGCACAGAAGAUUCCGCGAACCUAG